AGACAAAACAAAAAAAAGAGCAUAUCAAUUUGGAUUGUGGACGAGUAAUCGAUGAUCAGAAAUAGAAGCUUGGGGAAAUAACAUAUUGCAAGAGCUUCCUUGGAUCUUAAAUUUAGAUUGGAGAUCAACUCACAAGAAGCCCGGAUAUGCAGAUUCGUGUGGUCCAGAUCUGGGGUUUCCUGAUCACCGCUUUGGGCUGGAUCUUUGUUGCCUGCACAAUGGCCAUGGAGGGCUGGAAGAUCUGCGCCACAGGGGGCAUGGGGGGCUCCUCAGUGAUCAAGGUGGCCUGGUACUGGUCCAACCUGUGGAAAUCCUGUGUUACAGACUCAAGUAAUAUCAGUAACUGUUACGACUACCCUGUGCUCUGGUCUGUGGAGGGUUACAUCCAGAUAGUACGAGGCCUGCUGAUGACAGCCCUUUCCCUCGGCAUGCUGGGGUUUGUGCUUGGUCUGAUGGGUAUGGAGUGCACCUUCAUUGGGGGAAAAGACCGGUCAAAGUACAAGAAGAUCUACGCCAGCGGCUGGUGCCACAUAAUCAGUGGUUUGCUGUCCACAUGUGGGUAUGCUGUUUAUGCACAUUUUGUUUCAUUAGAAUACUUCAACAUUGAUGGACUAAAAUAUGACAUCGGCACCCCGUUGUUCCUCGGCUGGGUCGGCUCGGCCAUUCACAUGACUGGUGGUUUCUUCUAUGUGUGGUCAGUGUGUAUGCUGCUCUUCGGAGAAGAGGCAACGGAAAUAAAGGUCCAGCCACUACCAGACCCCGAGCAAAACAAGUCCACCACAGCUCUGUCCACAGGGUCCAAGAUCACAUUCAAGACCAAAGUGGCCUCAGAGUCCGAGUUUCUGCCUAAGUCUAAGCACUCCGACCUGUCCAGCAUUUCCUCAAGUUUAGAACGCACAUCCAAGUCAGGGCAGUCAUCCCAGACUGGGCAAACCACUGGUUCUGCAAUGGGGAGGUCAGGCUCACAGGCGGGAUCGGAGUCACCGACGGCGCCAACUUUGUCAGGCAGCUCGAGGAUUAAGACUAAACAGUUCUUUAAAAAGUCUUAUAUUUGA